AUUUUUUUUCCAACUGAAAGUCGAAAGACGGAGACUAAAAAUCAUUUUCACAUCAAAGUUCACACCAUAAAACUCGCAUUUGCUGAACUAACCCACCGAUAUUCCACUUGCAUACCGCCAAAGAGAGAAAUGGGAAUCGUAGAAGAAGCUCACAACGUCAAGGUUCUCGGCUCAGGCGACCAAAUCAUCGUCUUGGCUCAUGGCUUCGGCACCGAUCAGUCCGUGUGGAAGCACCUCGUCCCCUAUCUCGUCGAAGAUUAUCGCGUCGUUUUGUACGAUAAUAUGGGCGCUGGGACCACCAAUCCUGACUACUUCGAUUUCAACAGAUACGCAACUCUUGAAGGUUAUGCCUAUGAUUUGCUUGCGAUUCUCGAAGAGCUGCAAAUUGAGUCGUGUAUUUUUGUCGGCCAUUCUGUUUCUUGCAUGAUUGGAGCCAUGGCCUCCAUCUCCCGCCCCGAUCUCUUCACCAAAAUCGUCAUGAUCUCUGGUUCCCCGAGGUACUUGAAUGACGUGGAUUAUUUCGGAGGAUUUGAGCAAGAGGAUCUAGACCAGUUAUUUGAAGCCAUGCAGUCCAAUUACAAGGCAUGGUGUUCAGGGUUUGCCCCACUAGCCGUCGGCGGGGACAUGGAAUCGGUGGCGGUUCAAGAAUUCAGUCGAACCCUAUUCAACAUGCGACCAGACAUAGCCUUAAGUGUGGCACAAACCAUAUUCCAAAGUGACAUGAGGCAAAUUCUAAGCCUAGUGACUGUGCCCUGUCACAUUAUCCAAAGUAUGAAGGACUUGGCCGUGCCGGUGGUGGUCUCCGAAUAUCUUCACCGGAACAUCGUAGGUGAUUCCAUAGUUGAAGUGAUGUCGUCGGACGGCCAUUUGCCGCAGUUGAGCUCGCCGGAUACUGUUAUUCCUGUGUUGCUUAGACACAUCCGUCAGAAUAUUGCACAGUGAUGUGAAAUGUCAAACAAAGUAAAGGAUAUGAAUUUUCCUUCUUUGUAAUUGUAUGUGUUAAUUAUUAGUUAUGGUGUCCGGUAGUUUUAUUGUUGUUAUCGUUUCUGAGACUUUAAAGCCUUGCGCUUUUGUCUUUUGUAACUUUGUUAUCAGCAAUUUCAUUACUUGAGAGUUAGGACAUUUGGAACUUGUAAUUA